GUCCCACGGUGGUAGAAGAUCGAAGAAACGAAGGCGUGUGGGAUCAUCUAAUAUGAUGGAAGAGGGCAUGUCAGAAGACAGUUAUGGUGGUGUCGAGAGAGGUAUCCUCUACGACAGGCCAGCGGGCCAUGACUUUGACUACUAUGCUAGGCAACAGUAG